AUGUUAGUGGUAUCAAGAUUCCUCCGUCAUGCCCCAAACGUCGGUUUUCAACGGAGAUUCUUCAACGACAACCACGCACCGCCACUCCCUCCGACAUUCUACCUCGCUCGCAUGUGCAGAAACGUUGACACUGUGAAGAAGCUUCACGCCUCUCUCCUCGUCCACGGCGUCACCGGCGACCUCCUCUCCGACACGAAGCUCGUCAGCCUCUACGCUUCAUUCGGCAAUCUUCGCCACGCACGCAACCUGUUCGACCGGUUGCCCUCCCCGGAUUUCUACUCCUUCAAGGUCAUGAUCCGCUGGUACUUCCUCAACGACAUGCAUUCCCACGUCGUUUCGUUCUUCCACCUCAUGAGGGUCACCCUCGGACUCUGCAACGACGACGUCGUCUUCUCCAUCGUUCUCAAAGCUUGCUGCGAGUUACGCGACGUCGUUCACGGUGCCAUUCUUCAUUGCCACAUUAUCAAAGCCAAGCCACCCGAUAGCUUCGUGAUGACCGCUCUCGUCGACGUUUACUCCAAAUGCGGACGCGUUCAGAGUGCACGACAAGUGUUCGACGAAAUCGCUGACCGAAAUGUCGUUUCUUGGACUUCGAUGAUUGUAGCUUACGUGCAAAAUGAUUGUGCCCAUGAAGGGUUGACAUUGUUUAAUAGAAUGCGAGAAGGGUUUGUUGAUGGGAAUCAGUUUACUGUUGGAAGCUUGGUCACCGCAUGCACCAAGUUGGGAUCUUUGCAUCAGGGGAAGUGGGUUCAUGGGUAUAUCAUUAAGAAUGGGAUUGAGCUCAAUUCUUUCUUGGCAACUUCUCUUUUGAAUAUGUAUGUUAAGUGUGGGGAUAUUAGGGAUGCUCGUUCUGUGUUUGAUGAGUUUUCCAUUGAUGAUGAUGACCUUGUUUCAUGGACAGCAAUGAUUGUGGGGUAUACUCAGAGGGGUUAUCCCCUCAUGGCCUUGGAAUUGUUCAUUAACAACAAAUGGGUAGGACUAUUGCCCAAUUCUGUUACCCUUGCUAGUUUGCUCUCUGCAUCUGCUCAACUCGGCAAUACCGUUAUGGGAAAGUCACUCCAUGCUCUUUUAGUUAAGUGUGGUUUGGAUGAUCCUCCUGUGAGGAAUGCUCUUGUUGAUAUGUAUGCAAAGUGUCACCUCAUUUCAGAUGCUCGUUAUGUGUUUGAAACUUCGGUUGAGAAGGAUGUUAUCUCUUGGAACUCGAUUAUUUCUGGUUAUGCACACAGUGGUUCUGCUUAUGAAGCUCUUGAGCUCUUUCAAAGGAUGAGAUCAGACUCAUUUUCGCCUGAUGCUGUUACGGUGGUUGGUGUUCUCUCUGCUUGUGCUUCCAUUGGUGCUCUUCAACUUGGUGCUUCCCUUCAUGCUUUCUCUUUGAAGGAUGGCCUGGUGUCGUCUAGCAUCUAUGUUGGCACUGCAUUGCUGAACUUUUAUGCAAAAUGUGGGGAUGCAAAAUCAGCUCGUAUGGUGUUUGAUGGGAUGGGAGAGAAGAAUACCGUGACUUGGAGUGCAAUGAUUGGUGGUUAUGGCAUGCAAGGUGAUGGAAGUGGAUCCCUUGCUCUCUUUAAGGAUAUGUUGAAAGAGGAAUUCGAGCCGAAUGAUGUGGUCUUCACUACUAUAUUAGCAGCUUGCAGCCAUUCAGGGAUGGUUGGAGAAGGCUCGAGGUUAUUUGAUUUGAUGUGUCGCGAAUUGAAUUUUGUUCCUUCCAUGAAGCAUUAUGCAUGUAUGGUUGAUCUAUUGGCACGUGCUGGCAACCUCGAAGAGGCAUUGGACUUCAUUGACAAAAUGCCUGUUCAACCUAGUGUUAGUGUAUUUGGAGCUUUUCUCCAUGGAUGUGGACUUCAUUCAAGGUUUGAAUUAGGAGAAGUAGCAAUUAGGAGAAUGUUGGAGUUGCAUCCUGAUGAAGCUUGUUACUACGUGCUCGUUUCAAACCUAUAUGCUUCAGAUGGGAGAUGGGGCUUGGUUAAGCAGGUGAGAGAGAUGAUAAAGCUAAGAGGAUUGAACAAGGUCCCUGGUUGUAGUUUAGUGAAGAUGGAUAUCAACAAUGAUAGAUAUGCCAGAGUGGCAGUUCUUCCUUAAUCAUAUACGCCUUUGUGCAUGAUCAUGUGAUAGUAAGCAAAACUAAUUGCUCAAAAAAGUGGUUCCACAGGUAUCAUUUCUUGACACCCCCCACAUAUGGAGGAACUUAGAGAUAGGCAAGUUUUAAAAACAAGUCUUGGAAGAUUGGAGAUAACCUUUUGGGCGCAAGACUCAAGGAGCUUAGCAGAAGCCAAUUGGUCUCUGUGGAGGCCAGUGACCAAGAGGUGAGCAUGGAACUGAGUAAAUGGCCUCAAAGUAGAAAAAGGCAUGAACAAUGGCAUGUACAGUGACAGUUUUUGGCUAACCAACAGUGAGAAAACUCCUGUUUCUGUGCGUGAUUGUGUUUCAGUUUGUGAAGGUUACAAACGGGAAAAUGGAGCGA